AUGACGCGUCGCGACGCCGCGAACGCGCGCGCGUCCACGUCGUCGCCCGACGUCGACGCCUUUGCGAACCCGCAGCACGCGACAAACUUUUAUCGAAACCUCGCGCGAGGCGCGCCCCCGAGCGCGCUCGCGCUGCUGAGCGAUAAAGCCUUCGCGAAUGGGUUCUCCGGCGCGAUCGCGGGGACGGUGGCGGCGACUGUGGUGUGCCCGUUGGACGUCCUGAAGACGAGGCUGCAGGUGAGCGCGGCGACCACGGGGACGACAGAGUACCUGAGCACGUACGGCGCGUUGCGGCGAAUCGUGCGACACGAAGGCGCGAGAGGGCUGUAUAGGGGACUGGGACCGACGGUCGCGGCGCUGCUGCCGAAUUGGGGGGUGUAUUUUAGCACGUACGGCGCGCUGAAGCGGAUUUUUAUUGCGGAUGCAAAUCAUUUUGCGCACAUCUUAGCCGCCGCCGGGGCGGGCGCGGCGACGAUUUUCGUGACCAAUCCGUUGUGGGUGGCGAAGACGCGUUUGCAGGUGCAGCACUCGCACGCGUUGGCGUCGGCGAUGCCCAAGCGCGUGCCGUACACGUCAACGAUAAACGCUCUGACGAGAAUGAUGCGCGAAGAGGGCUUGAAAGGGCUGUACAGCGGCUUUGGCCCUUCAUUGAUUGGCAUCGCGCACGUCAUCAUUCAGUUUCCGCUCUACGAAUCCAUCAAAGUUGAGCUCGCGAGAGAGCGCGAGGUGGCGGUGAAUAAGAUCGAGCCCAUAGAUCUCAUGGUCGCCAGCGCGAUCGCAAAGAUGAUCGCGUCGACGUUGACGUACCCACACGAGGUGAUCCGUUCGCACAUGCACGUGCACGGUCUCGGUCCGUUUAGCGGCAUCGGCGCCCUCGUACGUCGAAUUUACCUCGAAGGCGGCGUCGCCGCCUUCUAUCGCGGAUGCGCCACCAACCUCAUCCGCACCACUCCCGCCGCGGCGAUCACGUUCACCUCGUUCGAGCUCGUAUCGAGAGAGAUUGAAAAGCUCGUCGCCGCCGCUCGCGAAGACGACUGA